AUGAAGGAUGGCACAGAGAUCAUGGACCAACAGACGCUAUUAGAGGCAUUCGCUGAUGGUUUUGAAGACGAAGAAGAGGGCUUUGGAGACGAUAUUGACCUCGAGGAGCUAGUACAAGUAGCAAAAACAGUUGAGCAAACUCACGCAGCAGGCCAAAUUAGCUUUGUGCCAGACGAUGACGAUCCAGCACCUCCUCCACCAUUGCCAAUCACCACACCAUGCGCACACAGAUUUGACCCAGAAGAGAUGCGAACAUGGGUGUAUCCAACAAACUAUCCAAUUCGCGGCUAUCAGCUGAAUAUCGUCCACAGGGCAAUGUUCAAUAAUAUCUUGGUGGCACUGCCUACUGGUUUAGGAAAGACCUUCAUUGCAGCUGUCGUUAUGUACAACUAUUGGAGAUGGUUUCCAGACUCAAAGAUCCUCUUUUUGGCUCACUCCAGGCCUCUUGUAGAUCAGCAAAUUGAAGCAUGCUUUACGAUUUGCGGCAUACCUCAGGAUCAAACAGCAGAGAUGACAGGCGUAUCAAAAGCAGACAAACGUCGAGAUCUAUGGAGGGCCAAGCGUGUGUUCUUUGCUACACCUCAAACAGUGCAAAAUGACCUCAGGUCGGGUAUCUGUCCUGCUCACCUCGUUGCUUGUGUUGUGCUGGAUGAGGCUCACAAAGCUACUGGCAAUUAUGCAUACACACAAGUCAUUCAAAAGAUCUACAAAACGAACAAGAGCUUCAGAAUAUUGGCAUUGACAGCUACGCCUGGCAGCACUGUAGACGCUGUGCAGAAUGUGGUGACCAACUUGCACAUUUCAAAAAUCGAGAUCAGAACCGAGGAAUCCAUGGACAUCCGUCAAUUCUCUCAUGGCAAGAAUACGCAGCGCAUCGUCGUCAAAUUAAGUUACACUGAAGGCUCUACUGGCAUCCUGCCUCGCAUCAUUAACGAUUAUGUAACUAAAGUCUUUGAGCCUAUGCUGAUCGACCUGUCCAGGAAGCCAACUGGUGUGCCAGCUUCGGCCAAGAGUGUAUCGACUUACUAUUUAAUGAUGCUUCGACAACGGUUUGCAGCAGAGGCAAAGAAUUUGAACCAGAACCUCAAGUGGGCAAUUUCCAGUGGAAUGCUGGUCGCAGAAAGUGCAUGUCGAGCUUAUGAAUAUUUGACUCAAAUUGGCGUUACUCCCUUUAUCGAAAACCUGGAAACUUUGUUUGCGGAAUACGAGGAGAAGCGUGCAAGCGGCGGUCGACUUAGCAAGGCACAGACUGCGUUCCAGAAUAACGCUGCCCUGCAGGGUAUUUUACGAUUUGCUAAACAAGAAGCACAAAAACCCGACUUUAUUGGCCAUCCCAAGAUGGAUCAUUUGGUAUCCAUUCUCUUGAAUCAUUUUGGAAGCUUGUCUGACGGUGAAGUUUCCAAGGUUAUGGUGUUCUCCAGUUUCCGUAGCUCUGUUAUAGAUAUCCGCAAUGUGCUUGAUAGACAUAAGCCAAUGAUUCGAAGCACCGUGUUUGUUGGACAGGCCACUGAUAAGCAGGGCACCAAAGGCUUGAAUCAAAGAGAGCAGCAAGAGGUCUUGCGCAAGUUCAAAUCCGAUGAAUUCAACGUGCUGGUAGCAACAAGUAUUGGUGAAGAAGGUCUCGAUAUUGGUGAAAUUGAUUUGAUCGUCUGUUUCGAUUCUCAUUCAUCGCCAAUUCGUAUGCUUCAAAGAAUGGGUAGAACUGGCCGUAAGAGAAUGGGUAAAUGUAUCCUGCUUCACACUGAAGAAGAAGAAAAAAAGUUCAACAAAGCCAAAGACGCCUACGCUAAUGUACAGAGAAUGAUAUCAAGAGGUGGCGCUAUCAAGUAUUACAAGCCUGAACCGCAAAUACUGCCCGUCAAUUAUAAGCCAACCAUCUGUCGCAAACAACUUGUAGUGGGCACAUAUCAACCGAAAAUAAGCACCAAAAAGAGAAGAAAGAAGGCAGAAAGCACUGACUAUACCCAAGAUGGCUUCCUUCAAGACGAAGCAGAGCGAUCAUUCAUUCGUGCCUUCUGCAACGCACGCCAUAAUUAUACCAGCAUGGAUCAAAUUACAAGCGCAUUCUGGCCGAAAGACAAAACUGUACACAGUGUCAGUAAAUUUGUCCCUCUGCAAUCUCGGCUACAAGCUACUCAUCGUAUCGGUCACUCCAAAAGAACUCUGCAAUUGUCAAAUCUGGUGGAGAAAAUGGAGUAUCGCAUUAUGCAUCCCGAGGAAAAGAUCAGUGCACACAUACCCAAGCAAAUGACACAACUCAAGCUACCCUCCAAAUUUUCAACGAAUACCCUGACGAUGCCUACACCUCGUAAACGGCGAAAAGCGCCUUCAAACGCAAGGCUUGACGACGAUGAUUUCGAUGCGUUCAUGCAGAAUAACAAUAUCAAUCAGAUUGUAGAUCUGCCUUUGCCUGAAGACGACCAGGAGACUCGACCACCUAUAGUGCAACAGCAGCCCAAAGUCAACAAGGGAAAAUCUAGAAUGACACUGAGCCAGGAAAUGCGGGAGAUCAAUGUUAUGACAGAAGACAUGGAUGUAGAUGCUAGUCAGCAAGCGUCCAGUAGCCUUCCAUCUUGGGAUAAUGAGCCACGAUCAUGGGAACAGAUGCUGCCGGAUGAUGUGUUUGAAGAUGUCGAUCCGCUGCCUGACUUGGGCCAGCAAGGACCUUCUAUUCAGACAUCAUUCCUCAACAAUACUCCGCGUACACCUACACCACCCUCUCGUCGUCCUAUCCACCAACUUCCAUCACCAGCACCACUGCAGCCAUCAGCCUCUUUGAUGAGCGAGAGCGAUUCUGGAGAUGAAUUUGAUUUCUCAUUGGAUGCCUCAUUUCUGGAACAAGCGGAUGCAUUAGCAAAGUCAAAAACAGAGCUUGGCUUUGAUGAUGCUCUAGAGCCUAGGUUUGAUUUUGAAAAGACGAGCAGUGUGUCUGGCAAAGAGAACAAAGUAUCUACGUUGAUUUGGCCUAGUCAUCCUCCAUUCAGUGAAAAAGGACUACGGUUACUGGAAGAACGUCAGAAGAGAUUGGAGGCAAGAACAGGACAUUAUAUUCACAUGCAGUUCAAGAAGCCUGCUACUCGCAAUAGUGAUCCUCAAUCAUCUCCUGCAGUUACCGCCACAGCCACUGCUAUACCGUCGCCACCACCACCGCCAGAGCAGCUAGAUCACUCAAUGGAGGAACCAGAGAAAAAUGCGGAAGAAGACGAAUUUUGUGAUUUGGACUUUAAUGAAGAUAUGUUUGCCAACUUUUUGGAGAACAAGAUUGAUGACGAUGGUUAUUAUGCAGAAAACUUUAUGUUUGGUCAGGGCGAGACAUCUACACAGAAUAUCGCAGAGCAGUCCAUCCUGCUUGCUGAUUUGGCCACUGAACAACCCUCAACCAGCCAUGAGCCGAUUGUGCUGUCUUACCCGCAACAUGCACAUCCCAGCAGUGCGCCUCCAUUAAGCAAAAGCACUCAAAAUCAAAGUCAAAGUCAAAAUUAUCAGUGGUAUAAAGAUGCUUCUACGAAGGAAGAGGAUAUUAUUGAAUUCGAUGUGGAUGCCUUAUCAUCAGCUUCUGACGAAGAAACAGCAACUGCUCCUCAGGAUGCUGCUACGAACAAGCAUGACACCUUACAGAGACAACCUAGCAUAUUCUCUAUCGAGGAUUCUCAAGACAUACCACAACAGAAAGAACAGGAUGAGCAUGUUGAGCUGAGCGAAGAUGGGAGUGCGAUCAGUCCUAUCGUUCAUAGACACCGUCGAAAGAUAAUCAUUAGUGAAGAUGAGCAAGAGAGUCCUAGUCUACUAUCUGCGCUAUCAAAAGGCCUAUAUACCCCGUCCCCAUUGCGACGAGCCGCUGAAAGUGAAUCCCCUGUUCUGAUCAGAAGAAAGCUGAAGAGGACCUUAAUUGAAGACGACGACGAUGAACAAGUAGAGGAAGAGGAUUCUGUCGAUGAUAAUGAUAAGCAGACAAAAAGCAAAGGCAGAAAACGGCUCAAGAGAAAGACGGUUCAUGAUGAAGACGACGAUUUUGUGGUACUUCCACCCUCAGAACAAGAAUUGAAGAGGCGUUUGUUGCAAAGCAGAGAACUCAACAAAAAGCAUCACAAGAAGCAAUAUCAUGCAUCAGCUCAAGAUGAAGGAUUUACCAAUCCAUUUGUUGAACACGAGGCUGAUUAUUCAUCUGAUGGCAGUCAUACAGACGAAGACGUGGAAGGAUUGUUCAACUCUAGCGCUUCAUCCGUAUUGAAUUCCUUUAUCGUGGACGAUGAUGAUUGCAGUAGCAUAGGAAACGGUAGUGCAUUGUCAGCAUCUGAUGGCCUUGGACCCCCGAUGGUCUUGCGUACACUUGAUGAGGAUGAUCCCAUUCGACGUAUUGGAAAGCAUUGGAUGAAUCGAUUCAACGCGGAUAAAUGGCUCAAUGUGAAUGAAGAGGAUGAUUCUGUUGUAAUCAGUGAAGAAGAAAUGGGGAGCGAAGAGAGCAUCAGCGACUUCACUUCGGAUCUGAGAGAGCCGUUAGUCCCAGUAGCUGAUGAUGAUGGAGACUUCAUGUAA